AUGAUACCAAAAUAUGCCCAGCAUCCUCUUUCUAUGUACUUUGCUGUUGAUGAGGUCAACAAGAAUGCCAAGCUUUUCCCCAACAUCACAAUAACAGUGGAGAUGUAUGAAAACAAUUUCAAUGCCUGGAGGGCCAGUAAGCAUGUUUUAUAUAUUCUGUUUCUCAAUCAAGGGAGUCCUAUCAACUUCAACUGUGUCAGAAGAAGGAAUCUGAACUUCUUGCCUAUCCUUGGUGACCUCACCUCCCUCAAUUCCAUCCAGAUGGCCCACAUGUUGAACAUCUACAAGUUUCCACAGCUUCACUACUUUCUGAAAAACACCCGUUUUAAUAACAGUGUGGGAGAAGAAUUUUUUUUUGAUGAGAAAGGGGAGUUUGACCUGGGAUACGACAUCUUCAACUUUGUCUCCUUCCACAAUCAAUCCUUCCAGAGAGUCCAUAUCGGAAAGAUGGUCUCCAAACCUCUUGAUGGGAAGAAGUUCACCAUUAAUGAAAGUGCCAUUGUAUGGAAUCACAAGUUUCAGCAGGUACCUCCCCAUGCCAGAUGUGUAGAGAGCUGCCGUCAGGGUUACAGCAGAGUUGUUCAGGAGGGAAAACAUAUUUGUUGCUACAAUUGUAGACAAUGUUCUGAAGGAAGAAUUUCAAUUGAAACAGAUGCUAACCAAUGUGAGAGAUGCCCAGCGGAUCAGUAUUCGAAUGAAGAAAAGAUCCAAUGCCUUCCCAAACGUUUCAGCUAUUUAUCCUAUGGUGAACCCUUGGGAAUCGUUUUGAUUUCCUUGAUCCUUUUCUUUUCAUUAGUUGUCAUUUUGGUGGCACUGGCCUUCAUUCUGCACUGGGACACCCCCAUUGUCAAAGCCAACAACAGGAACAUCACAUGCAUCCUUCUUUCCUCUCUCCUGCUUUGUUUUCUGUGCUCUCUGCUCUUCAUAGGUCGGCCUGGGAAGGUGACUUGCUUUCUCAGGCAAAUUAUGUUUGGCAUCAUUUUCUCUCUCUCGGUUUCUUGUGUCUUGGCCAAGACCAUCACGGUUGUUUUGGCCUUCCUGGCCACUAAGCCAGGAAACCAGAUGAGGAAAUGGCUAGGAAACAGACUGGCAGGAUCCAUCAUUGUCUUCUGCUCAUGUAUUCAAGCUAUUAUCUGCAUGAUAUGGUUGAUCAUGUCUCCUCCCUUCCCUGAGUGGGACAUGCAUUCACAGGUUCAAGAGAUCAUUGUUCAAUGUAAUGAAGGCUCAGAUGCCAUGUUUUACAUUGUCCUGGGCUACUUGGGGCUCCUGGCCACCAUCAGUUUCACUGUGGCUUUCUUUGCCAGAAAACUGCCUGAUACUUUUAAUGAAGCCAAGCUGAUCACCUUCAGCAUGCUUGUGUUCUGUAGCAUUUGGGUGUCCUUCAUCCCAGCCUAUCUGAGCACCAAGGGGAAAUACAUGGUGGCUGUGGAGAUCUUCUCCAUCUUGGGCUCUACUGCAGGUCUCCUGGGUUGCAUCUUCCUGCCCAAAUGCUACAUCAUUCUCCUGAACCCACAUCUGAACACCAAACAGCAUCUAACCAGGAGGACAGAUUAACAAUGAAUAAUUCUGUAAUUCAGCCUUUACCUGGUUACCAAAAACAUUCAUGGGAAAAGUCCAAAUAUUCAAGCUCGCAAACUUCAUCAUGCAAUUCAAUGCUAUUUCUUUUCUUUAUAUAUGUAACAUAUAUAAUCAAUUUCUAAGGCUUUAUCCGAGCUGUAGAACAGUUAAAUAGUGAAAUCCUAUACUGUAAUUUUUUGGCAUUUUUCUGGUGAUCGUGAGUAAUCUUAGGGGUGAUCUGAAAUAUUGAAGAAAGCCAGGAAUAUGUAAUUGAAGCUGUCCCUUUAAGGAAGUGUGCCUGUUCCAUUACAGGCUUGCCUUAUGAAACACUCUGCCCCUAAUCUUUGGCAGACUUCUUCCAUCCUAGCCUUCCAUGCAGCUUUGAAGACCUGGCUUUUCCACCAAGUGCUGGGUCAGAUUAGCUGGCUGGGUAUUUGUUGUUUUUAAUAUUUUGAUUUAUUUUCUUUUAUAGUUUAAGUAUUAUUUUAUAGGUUGUUUUAACUUUUGAUUGGGAACCACCAUCCAGAAUUGGUUAGAAGAUAGUUAGCUGUAUAAAUGUUUGAAAAUAAAUAAACAAAUAAACAAAU